AUGGCAGGAGAAGAGCAAAGACGUAGAUGGAGCCUUCAAGGCAAGACCGCACUUGUCACCGGUGGAACCAAAGGCAUUGGGCAUGCUAUAGUAGAGGAACUUGCAGGAUUUGGGGUAAUAAUACAUACAUGUGCUCGAGACAAAGCACAUCUCAACGAGUGUUUAAGCAAAUGGAAGAAUAAAGGGUUUCAAGUCACUGGUUCAGUCUGUGACGUAUCGUCCUGGACCGAAAGAGAGAAGCUGAUGGAAACUGUGAACUCUUUGUUUGAUGCCAAGCUCAGUAUCCUUAUCAACAAUGCUGGUGCAAUUCGGUCAAAGCCAACAAUAGAGCAUACGGCAGAGGAUUUCUCGUUCCACAUUUCGACCAACUUGGAAUCUGCGUAUCAUUUUAGCCAGCUUGCACAUCCUCUGCUCAAGGCCUCAGGGUGUGGUAACAUCGUGUUCAUAUCCUCUCUUUCUGGGGUCGUCUCACUUGGCAUCAGCUCCAUCUACAGUGCCACAAAAGGGGCAAUGAAUCAGCUGGCAAAGAAUUUGGCAUGCGAGUGGGCGAGCGACAGCAUAAGGGCUAAUUCUGUAGCUCCUACAUUCAUUGCCACUCCACUGGUUGAUAAUGCGUUUGAUGAUGAAUUUAAGAAAGUGGUGGAAUCAACAAAUCCCUUGGGACGCUUAGGAAAACCGGAGGAGGUAGCAUCGCUGGUGGCAUUUCUUUGUAUGCCUGCAGCUUCUUAUAUAACGGGUCAGACCAUUUGCGUUGAUGGAGGUCUUUCGGUCAAUGGCUUCUCGUAUCAGCCACAAGCUUAAUCCCAAUCACCAAAACAAAUAAAAUUUCAAGUUCAGUAAUAAGUUUUAAGUGUUCAGACUUUGUAUCCUUCCUAAGAUUACUUAGUGUUGAUGCUUUUCAUUAGCGUCUUUAGCUAAGCCACCAUUUGUGUUGCUAAACUAGAGACCCUUAUCUUGGUUCACACCAAAUAGCAUUGAAUAUCGAUUGGUCUUGGCAUUGAAUUUCGUCAGAAAGCUGUUAAAUAUAAGCAUUUCAUCCACGACGACAACAAC